AUGGGGGGAUAUCAGCUUCUCGACCAGCCCAGCUUCGUCACACUCCUUGAAGAGCACUACGCAGCCAGUCCUGUCGAUCCGGCUGACAGUCCUGCCAGAUGGGCCCUCGUCAACGCCGUCAUCGGUCUUAUGCUCCGGGCCAAGAUCGCCCCAGGCGCAGAGACCGAACUGUCCAGAUACCCCCGGGCAUUCUACCGCAACGCCACGGCGGUAAUCCCGGAGCUCAUCCUGCAAGACCCGAGUUUGCUUUCGAUACAAGCGCUGCUUGCUAUGGCCAUGUUCGCGGAGGCAACGUCGGACACACGAUCCUUUGUCAUGUUGGCAACCACUGCUUCGCGUCAGCUGGAGCUACUACUAGCAGCCAACCAGGGACGAGUGCCAGCACAGCAAGUGCUCGAUAUGGCGGAGCGGGGACAGCUCGAGCGGGCAUACGAGAUUGCUUCGGCAUUCGAGACGCUUGCCGCGCAGAGAUACGGGAUCCGGUCCCUGUUAAAUAGUGAUGAAAUCGAAGGGAGUGCAUUAUAG